CACUGAAGUGUUUUCCAUUUUUCUCCAAACCAACCUCAUUUAUUCCCACCUAGGUUUUUUUCCCCUUUCUUCCAUUUCUCUCCUCAUUUUUGGGUUUCCAUUCCCUUCCAUUUUCUCUCUUCUUCUUUCUUCUUCCUCCCUUUCAAGAUCUAUCCACAUUCAUCUCUCAAAAUCCUUCCUUUCCAUGGAUUUCUUCACCAAAAUCAGAACUUCCCAGCAUAUUCCUCCAUUUCCUCCCCCAAAUCUCCCAAAUCCAUCUCAUUCUAGCUUCCCCAUUAUCGUCAUUGCCAUUAUUGGAAUUCUCGCCACUGCCUUAUUGCUCCUCAGCUACUAUGUCUUCGUCAUCAACUGUUGCCUCAACUGGCACCGCAUCGAUCUCCUCCGCCGUCUCUCCCCCUCCUCCACCCGGCGCCUCCCAUCCCCGACGGCCUACUCUCCGGCCAUCGAGAACCGGGGUCUGGACGAUUCGGUGAUUAGAUCAAUCCCUUUACUGCAAUACAAGAAAUCAGUGCCCAAAGAGAAAACCUCAUCUGAAUGCGCUGUUUGUUUGAGUGAAUUUGAAGAGGAUGAGACGGUUCGAAUUAUUCCCAUUUGCUCACAUUUAUUUCACAUCGAUUGCAUCGACAUUUGGCUGCAAAAUAAUCCCAAUUGCCCACUCUGUAGAACCACCAUUUCUAGCUCUGUUCUGUUUCAUCGAUUUCCUCUGCCGAGCUCCUCGCCAGAGGAUCCAAUCGGCGGCGGAGGUGAAAGGGAUUUCGUAGUGAUUGAAUUGGGUGGAAAUAGAAACGACCCAUCCGGCCAAUUUUCACAAGACCGGGCGAGUUCAGGGGAAUUGCCGGCGGGGAAAUUGGAACAGGGGAAAAAACGGCGGAAGCUGCAGAAAGUGACGAGUUUAGGAGAUGAGUGGAUUGACACUAGACAGAAAGAUGAGCAAUUUUGCAUUCAACCCAUUAGACGUUCGGUUUCGAUGGACUCGUCGGCGGAGCGGCAGAUGUAUCUGGCGGUGCAGGCGGCGUUGCAGCAGAGCCGCCGUGGGAGUGCGGUUAGUCCCGGCGGCGAUGGGUGUAAUGGGAGAGGGAGGAGGUCUUUGUUUUCUUUUGGAAAUGGUAGAAGUUGUAGAAAUGCUGUUCAAGUUCAACCGGUUCGUUUGGAAGAGAAUUAAGAGUUAGAAAAACUAAUUUUUGUUGUGAUUGAUUUAGAGAUGCAAAGUGUUAGCAUUCUGAGAAAGGUUCAAUCAAAAGAUUGAUAGCUUUUUUUAAUGUAUUUUUUAAUUUUUUUUCCCCUUCUAAAACCAGCCAUAAUUAUCAAAAUUAUUGCACAAAA